GGAAGCUCGGAAAUUCUUCCCGUGCAGCAUCGCGACAGCCCAGCCCAGGAGUGACUUGGAGGAAGUAGCUACCAAUCCCAGACAAGCAAAAGGAGUUGCGACGAUGCAGCCAACACGACACCUUCUGAAGCGAUCCGUGUGGAAGGGGCCUCACAUCGUCCCUCUCCCGAUCGUACGCCCCGUACCCGGACAGAAGGUUGUGCCCAUCCGGACGCAGGCCCGUUCCGCGACGAUCCUGCCCAACUUUGUCGGCCUCAAGUUCCAGGUCUACAAUGGCAAGGCGUACAUUGACGUGACGAUUACGGAAGACAUGGUCGGUCACAAGCUGGGAGAAUUCUCACCGACGAGAAAGCCCUUCAUCUGGUCCAGGAUGUAAGAGGGGGCGUCAUUGGGAUUUUCCAAGGUUUAGCAGCAUCCGGACGGCGUCUCUGUCAAGGUGUGGAGGAACAUUUGUACAACACUGUCAAGAUACCAGCGAUACACUGUAGC